ACCAAAUCCUAUAUCCUGAGAAUGAACCGAGAGGAGAACCUGUGCUGGUUUCAUGGAAAAGUUUCACGCGAAGAUGCGGAAGACAUUCUACGCCGAGCCGAGGGUGGUGAUGGGGUGUUUCUGGUGCGCGAAAGUGCUUCGUCCGAGGGCGAUUACGUGCUGUCGGUGCUGUUCAAGGGCGAGGUGAUACACUACGCCAUCCGGCGCCACGGAGAUGACGCGUUCUUCUCGAUACAGGACCACACACCGAUCCACGGGCUGGACUCGCUGAUCGAACACUAUCAGCGCGACAAAGGGAAUCUGGUUACGCGCUUGCAAGUGAUCUGCCGGAGCGAUCCGCCACCGCACGACGUGCGCAGCCACGGCACCACGAACCUGUUGCAUCGGGCGACGAAGGAAAGCAACUACACCGUCGUGUCGGAGCUGCUCAAGUGUGGCUAUCGGAAUAUCGACUCAAAGAACCAGGACGGCCAAACGGCGGUUCACCUGGCGUGUCUACACGCGGACGAUAAGAUACUGCUGAAGCUGAUCGAGCGCGGAGCGAACAUAAAUAGCCGCGACGCGAAAGGCAACACUCCGCUGCACUAUGCUUGCGCCAAACGAAAUGGAUUGGAAAUGGUACGGAUGUUGGUGAAGGCAUCCGCCAAUCUGCAGGCACGCAACAACGAGAAUGGUUGGGUACCGCUGCACGAUGCGGCCGAAAAUGGUAACAUCGAAACAAUCCAGGAAUUGCUCGCCCACCGCGUACCACAUCGGCCGCGCUCGAGCUACGGAGAAAUGCCGUCCGAUCGGGCCCGCCAGCGAGGCCACUAUGCGGUCGUCGAGUUCCUGAACGCCUAUGAACCACCGCGACCGCAUACCAGCCGAGACCUCUGGUACCACGGGACACUCGAGAGGCAAAUGGCCGUGGAUUAUCUCAAGGAGCACGCGGCCAAACUGUUUCCACAGCUCUCUCCAAUCGCGAACAAGGAGAACGAGUGUCUGGAUGGGUUGGAGCAGUCCACUUCCGGCACAUACCUGGUGCGCUAUUCGGUCAAACAGAACGGCGACGUGCUGACGAUGCUGUACGCGAAUGAGGCGAAGAACUUCAUCAUCCAGCGGCAGCAGGAGUGGCUGUACAUCGACGAGGGACCGUACAUGAACUCGCUCGAGCAUCUGAUCGAGCAUUACACGCGCUUCUCGGACGGGUUGCCCAUGAACCUGCGGUUCCCGGUGAAGCCCGGACCGAAGCCCCCGAUUCCGGCGUUUGCAACGAUCCCGAAAUCGAGGCAUAAAGCUAGUAGCGUGCCAUCAGCGUCGUCGCCUUCGCAGCUUUCGUACUCCGUCACGCAGCACCACUCCACCUCCAACGGUGCGUCUGGGUUGUCGGGCUUGUUUCGCAAAUCGAGCGAAAAUACACUCGCGCCGAAACAGGUACCCCUGCCGGCGAGGAAUCUGUCCGUACCGAACGAUGCGAUGCUGCAGAUGAACAAAGUGGGGCUGUUCGAUCGCAGCCCCGAACGCCGUGCAACCGCAGAUCCAACGCGCAGUCCAAAGCUAUCACCGCGCGAUGAAUCGAAGGUGAAGUCAACCGGAGCCAGCGGAUCACCGACACUCAAGAAAACCAUCAUCGACGGAAUGAGGAGCCUGCGGAAACACAAACAGAAGCCGAAGUCUGCCGCCUCCGUAGAUGACCCCAUGCAAGACACGAUGUCGUCCAUCGAACCGACGGUCAGCCCAUCGAAGUUGCUACAGCAGCUAAAGUUUUCGUCCGAUUUCAAUCUGGCCAGCAGCUCGGGUGGCAAUUCUGCGGCGCUCGAUGAUAUUUACAAAAUCCCAACCAACAACUGUGCCAUCGUGGAAAUCGAUAUCGGAGAACCGGCCAAUGAACCAUUGCCACGGAGCGGUACGCCUUCCGGUGGCGAACCAAGCACGGACGUUCCUCCAGCGAUCCCUCCUAAGCUGUCUUCUCCCGUGUUGGAUUGCGUGAAUAACAACGCUCCCGAGACGGAUUACUUUACCCAAAGUGACGAUCAGUUGCAGACUGCGACGCUGCCCGAUGAGAGCGAGGAGAUUUACUUCAUCGAAGCACCAAUCCCGCCGACAGUGGCGCCACAAGGAUCUUCUUCUACGGUACCCGAAACCCGACCGGACACGUUGGCUAUCGAAUCGAACAAUAAUGGUCGGGCAGAGGAAGUACCGGCGCAGUCGACACCAGCAACCAACUACAUCAUUACGCGAACGGUCCCAAUCUUUAGCAGCGUCUCGGUGGAUGACUCUUGCCAGUCGCCAACCUCGCCACCGGUCGAUAUGCGAGCGAGCAAACUGUUCGAACGGCUUGACUCCACGCAAUCGGGCAACAGCCGGGCAAGCGUACUGAGCGGCGAGAGUGCUCUCUUUUCACUGUUCCAGCCACAGACACCGACGAUGCUGCUGCAACAACCACAGGACUUCCGUGAGCAGCAACCAAAGGAUGGACCGAGUUACUUUAUCCCGAAGGAGUGCAUCCACUCGGAGGUGGUGCUGGGUCGAGGCGAGUUUGGAUUCGUUUACCAGGGUUAUCUAGAACCGUGGCCACUGGACGCACUCGCUAGCUCCGGAACACCGACACCGACCGUGGGCCGGCUACCAGUUGCCAUUAAGAAGGUGCUCGACAGUCAGGAGCGUCGCCAGAGGACAGACUUUCUGCGGGAAGCGAGUGUUAUGAUACGGCUGCGGCAUCACUGCAUCGUGCGACUGAUCGGUAUCUGCAAAGGGCCGCCGCUGAUCAUGGUGCAGGAGCUGAUACCGCUCGGUUCGAUGCUGGUCUACAUUGCACAGCACCGGACCACCAUCAAACCGCAGCAGGAAAUGAUGAUCUGGGCGGCACAGAUCGCGAGCGGGAUGCAGUACUUGGAAGAGCAACACUUUGUGCACCGUGAUCUGGCCGCUCGGAAUAUUUUGCUGGCGAAUAAGUAUCAGGCGAAAAUAUCCGACUUUGGGCUGUCCCGUGCGAUCGGUGCCGGACAGGAGUACUACCGCGCUAGUCAGGGUGGCAAGUGGCCCAUCAAAUGGUAUGCUCCCGAGAGCUUCAACUACGGUACGUUUUCGCACGCGAGUGACGUCUGGUCGUUCGGGGUCACCUUGUGGGAGAUGUUUUCGUACGGCGCGCCACCCUACCACGACCUGAAGGGUGUCGACGUGAUCAAGCUGAUCGAGGCCGACGAGCGGCUAGCACAACCGGACGCUUGCCCCGACAAGGUGUUCGAGAUUCUGCGUAACUGCUGGCAGUACAAUCCCAAGCUGCGACCCACGUUCCGCUUUCUGCAUCGGUUUUUCUCCGACGACAUCGAGUACCAGAACCUGCAGGAGCUGGUCGGUGGAGGGACGGAAAUCAACGCCAAUGCUCACCCGGGGUCUCCCACGAACAACCAGUUGUUCUGAAUGGAGGUUUUACCCGUUGAAAAGUGAUCCUGUCACUCGAUUCGUGUCGAAACGAGGUAGUAUUAUGAGUUGUACAGUUUCUAAUUUUAUUUUCUUUUUGAACUUUUUACUCUCAUCUCCUCUUGUUUUUCUAACUUAUUCGCUUGUAUAUUUAUUGCUCAAAAAUUAUCAGUUUGAUACGGUGAAUUGGUUUGGUGUAGCUCAAAGGUCGCGAAAGUUGAUAAAAUGUGCCGUAAGAAAAUCUACCGUUAAAAUUUCCAAUGUGGUUUUCAGUCUUGUGUCAUAUUCUGCCAUCAAUCGUUUAUCGAACAUUAUUUCGAGUCCUGUUUUAGUCCCUUUCUUUGGUUAUGUUCUCGUAAAGUGAUUAAUUUUCUUGUCCUGUAAACUCACUUGGCUUCGCACUGUGAUUACGUACACUGAUGGAUACAAAAAACGCUUUUAUCCAGCAUUUAAUGUGGCAUUCUUGUAAAAGUCAACGAUUGGCAAUAAUUGUGGCAUUUUGAACAUUUUCAUUAGAAGUUAGUAUCCGCUAGUAUCAUAACAUUGGUUGUAAAUGCGAUUUCAUUAGCGAACUCUUCGUCAAUUCUUUUUGAAGAUUCCUUUCAAAAAUGGUGCCACAUCAAGCAACGACAUUUUCAGUAAUGGUUCUUCAUUGCAUGCGGUAAUAUCUUUCGGGCAUAAGCACUUGAAAGCGUGGCACCAAAGUGUUUAACGGGAUGUCUAUACUUUGAUUCUAAGUCAAACUGGUCAAUGCGUAGGGAAGGAAGCGCUCUUGUCGUUUGAAAGUAAUAGGUAUUUUUACCAAAAUUAUACGAAAUACCGUCCUCCGAUUACAAGCGAUAAACUAUUUUUGGUUCAAACAGAAUACGUAAACUGAACCAGGAACGAAAACAAUAUAGUGUAGCCCUCGUAUUAUUCUCCAACUAUCCGGUCAGCUCGUCCCAUGACGAGAGAGUAACGUUAGAGUAGUUUUAACGAUAACAGGUGUUUGUGCAGUUCUAUCCAUCCAGUAUCGAAUGAAGAGAGAGAGAGAGUAAAUACUUAGUAAAAACCCGCGGCCGGUGUUGAUACACUCGCAUAGAUUGAAGUCCCCCUAAUAGAUUUGUGGGGUUUUGCAGCGCUUUCCAUAGUGUGUCCCUGCGAUGCCCUGUCUCGAUGAGUAUUCAAGUUCCUGAUUUCCCUCAAAACGAUCUAAGAAGGCUGUUGCAAAUUUUUGAACGAUAUGCGAGGUCGCGGUUUGUCGAAUGUACCUAUAUAUUGCGCGUUCCGAGGGUAAACCAGCUCUCAUGUGCCGUCAAAUGCAAAUAACGCUCCCUCUGCCAACGUAAGAAAGCUCACUAAACUCCACGCAACAUGGUGCCGAGAAGGAAUAGAGAUAAGCGUGUAUUUUUCUAAUAUCGAAUUAGUUUUAAACAUGUCGAGCACAUUGGGAAAGAUGCACCGCGAGAAGGUGGAAGUGGUCUGAAGUGGUGAGGUGUAUAAAAUAUAUUGGUAUUAC